GGGAAAAGACUGGAAAAAAUUCUAUAGGGAUUUAACUGAUUUCAAAUUCUCAGGCACUUGAUCUAGGGUUUAAUGUGUGAUUGCUAUAUCUGUGCAUAAUGCAGAUGGUUGAUAUAUAUGCUGUACCUGUUUUUCACCAUGGAGGUCAUUUUGAUAGAGGACCCGGUGGCACUCUUGAGUAUAUUGGUGGGAAGGUUGAGAAAUUUCCAGAGAUGGAUUUGGACUUUGUGAAUUUUGGGGAUUUGGUUACACUAUUCAAGGGUCUGGGGUAUGCAACAUACAGGGCAGUCUAUUGGUAUGACCCAACCAGUAAUGAUCUUGAGUCUGGACUGCACAUACUGAGGGGGGAUGCUGGAAUCAAUGAAAUGCGAGAGAACAAGUUGAAGAAUUCAAAUAUCAACGAGUUCUAUAUUUACUUCGAUCACCCUGUUGAUGAGCCACAGAUUGUGGAAGAAGAAGCUGCUGCAGAACAGGGGCCGGAAGAAUUUGAUGAUGCAGUUGAUGUGGACAGUAUCAUGCGGGAGCUUCAGUCAUCACCAUCGACAGCAGGGGAUGGGAAUGGUAGUGGGGAGGACGAGUUGUAUGAACCUCCUCCGAAUGGCACUGAAACUGGUUCUGAUGAUGACUCCUGUAGUUGUGAUGAGGAGAAUGAUCUUAUGAAGAAAAGAAGCACUGUGAAAGAAAAAGAGAAAGUGAUGCCAAAAAAGACUGCAGAGUCAAGUGGGAACAAGAGAGGUGCUGGGAGAAAGACUGCAGCUGUGCCUAGUGGCAAAGGUACCAUGCCAGCUGCCAAGCCCAAAGGAGCUGGGCCUAGUGCGAGGCCCAAAAGAACCAGGCCUACAGCCAAGCCCAAAGGAAGUGUUCCUCAUCACAAGCCCAAAAAAACUGGUGCUGAAGACAGUUGA